AGUUAUUUCUAAAAUUAUUCUUUUCCACACCCUUAUAUUUUAAAACCCUACUUUCUAUCUUUUAAACCCUAAUUUAUUCUUUGUGGCAAACGGCGCCGGUACUGCGAUAUGGAAGCCUUGGACUUCUUCCCGGACUCGCCCACCGGUGAUUUCUGCGACUCAGUACUCCGCCACUUCUCGAAAUCCGACCAAGAAGACAGCCAACGCCUCUGCGCCACCGUUGGCGCAAUGACUCAAGAACUGAAGGAACAAAAUCUGCCUCUCUCACCGAUCGCCUACUUCGGCGCCACGUGUUCUUCUCUCGACCGCCUAGGCUCCGAACCGGACUCCCCUCCUCAUGUCGUCCAGUCUCUCGCCACCGUCCUCUCUCUUCUUCUCCCCCGUAUCCCCGUCGCCAUUUUGAAAAAGAAAGGAGAUUUCGUUUCGAGAAUGGUCGUGACGGUAUUGAGAUUGAAUUCCGUUACGGAGGUCACGCUGACGUCAGGUUUGAAAUGUUUAGCUCAGUUAUUGAUUGCUGGAGAUAAAGUUAAUUGGUCUGAUUUAUCGCAAAAUUACGGGGUUCUAAUCGGAUACUUAACCGAUUCCCGCUCUAAGGUGAGAAGGCAAUCGCAUUUGUGUAUCCGUGAUGUUUUACAAAGCUUGAGAGGGACACCGGUGCUGGCACCUGCGAGUGAAGCUAUAUCAAACUUAUUCGAGAGGUUUCUUCUGCUCGCCGGCGGUUCAAAUGCGAAUUCGAGUGAAGGGGUUAAAGGAGCUCAGGAAGUUCUCUAUGUUUUGGAUGCUCUUAAGGACUCUCUUCCACUUAUGUCGAUGAAAUACAUGACUACAAUUCUUAAAUAUUAUAAAACUUUAUUGGAACUUCGGCAACCUCUUGUUACUAGGCGUGUAACUGAUAGUUUGAAUGUGGUUUGUACUUAUCCGAACAUAGAGGUUUCGGCUGAGGCAUUGCUGGAUUUGUUAUCGUUUUUGGCUGUAUCCGUCUCUGCAAGUGAAGCUUCUCCAGUUAGCCUGACGUUUAAUGCUCGUUUGUUGAGUUCUGGAAUGAUGAAAGUGCAGUCUCUUAACAGGCAACUUUGUGUGAUUAAACUCCCCAUUGUGUUCAGUGCACUCAAAGAUAUUCUGGGGUCGGAACAUGAAGAGGCUAUUUUUUCUGCUACGGAGGCUUUCAAGACGCUGAUAGAUGGCUGCAUUGAUGAGGGUUUGAUCAAACAGGGAGUGGAUCAGAUUAUUCAUGCACAAUCUGAUGAUAGAAAGUCAGGGCCAACUAUAAUUGAGAAAGUUUGUGCAAUCAUUGAGAGCUUACUUGAUUAUCAUUAUAGUGUGGCGUGGGAUAUGGCAUUUCAAGUUGUUUCAACCAUGUUCGAUAAACUAGGGUAUUACUCUUCAUAUUUUAUGAAGGGAACUAUUAAGAACUUGGCUGACAUGCAAAGCUUGCCAGAUGAAGAUUUUCCUUACAGAAAACAGUUACAUGAAUGUGUUGGAUCUGCUCUAGGUGCAAUGGGGCCUGAGACAUUUUUAGGAAUUUUGCCGCUGAAUUUUCAGGCUAAUGACCUUUCAGAAGUAAAUGUGUGGCUGUUCCCAAUUCUGAAGCAGCAUAUUGUAGGUGCACGUUUGGGCUUCUUUUGUGAGACACUUUUGGGUCUGGUUGAAGAAAUGAAGCAGAGAUCUCGGAGGCUUGGACUAGAAGGAAAGGUUUUCUCAUCAAGAAGUGCAGAUGCUCUUGUAUACUCAGUGUGGUCCUUGUUGCCGUCUUUUUGUAAUUAUCCUUUGGAUACUGCCAAAAGCUUCAAGGAUCUUCUAAAGCCAAUAUGCAGUGCCCUUGAUGAAGAACAUGAUAUUCGUGGAAUAAUAUGCUCUAGUUUGCAGAUUCUGAUUCAACAAAAUAAGAGAAUUAAGGAAGGAAAAGAUGAUGCAGACAGUGCUGAAAUAUGUCCUGCCAAACAGCGAGCAAUAUCUCAUUAUACCCCAGAGAUCGCUGGGGAAAAUUUGAAUGUGCUAACUGCAUCUGCUCCACAGUUAUUGAAACUUUUGUCAGGAAUCUUCAUGAAAUCUACCGUAGAUGAGGGUGGUUCUUUGCAGUCCACGAUUGGGGAGUUUGCUUCCAUAGCACAUAAGAACGUUGUCAGAACCUUAUUUAAAAACACGAUGGAAAGGCUUUUAGAAGUCACGCAACAGGCUGGGGUAGCUGAGGCAUCAAAUAUGCAGGUCGAUAAUUCAUCAUCUAAAAGCUCAUUAUUUCUCAAAAGGGCACGGUUAAUUGACCUGGCAGUGUCACUUUUGCCUGGUUUAGAUGAGCCAGCAUUAAAUCUCUUAUUCAUUGCAAUAAAACCUGCAUUGCAGGAUGUGGAUGGCUUGAUUCAGAAGAAAGCUUACAAAGUUCUUUCAAUAAUUCUCAGGAACCAAAAAGGAUUUCUAUCUGCCAAACUGGAGGAAUUGCUUAAACUUAUGAUUGAAGUAUUGCCAUCAUUGCACUUUUCUGCCAAACGUCACAGACUCGACUGUUUGUAUGAGCUGAUAACCCAUGCCUCAAAGGUGGAUCCGAACCUGAGGAGACAUGAGAUUCUUAGUUCUUUCCUGACUGAGAUAAUCCUUGCUUUGAAAGAGGCUAAUAAGAAAACUAGAAAUAGAGCUUAUGAGGUCCUUGUCCAAAUUGGCCAUGAAUAUGGAGAUCAAGAUGACGGUGGGCAGAGAGAACAUCUGUUUAAUAUGGUUGCUAGAGGUUUGGCUGGAGAAACUCCUCAUAUGAUUAGUGCUGCUGUGAAAGGCUUGGCUCGGUUGGCUUAUGAGUUCUCUGAUCUUGUUUCUUCUGCUUACAAGUUGCUUCCUUCCACAUAUCUUCUCCUUCAAAGAAAGAACAGAGAAAUUAUUAAAGCUAAUUUAGGUUUGUUGAAAGUGUUGGUGGCCAAAUCACAAGCUGAAGGCUUGCAAGCACACCUGGCCAGCUUGGUGGAAGGCUUGUUGAAGUGGCAAGAUGAUACCAAAAAUCAUUUUAAAGCUAAGGUUAAGCUUCUUCUGGAAAUGCUAGUUAGGAAAUGUGGUAUCGAUGCUGUGAAGGCUGUGAUGCCUGAAGAGCACAUGAAGCUCCUUACUAACAUACGAAAGAUCAAAGAGAGGAAAGAGAAGAAACAGGCUGUUAGCUCUGUGGAAAGUAAAUCUCAUCUGUCAAAGGCAACAACUUCCAGGCUUAGCAGAUGGAAUCAUACGAAAAUAUUCUCUGAUUUUGGUGAUGACGAUACAGAUGAUAGUGAUGUGGAGAUGGCUUCUGGCCAAAAGAGCAAAGCUUCCUCGAAGUUGAAAUCAAAAGCAUCUACACUUCGGUCCAAGAAAACCCGGAGAGCAGAGAAGAGCUUGCCUGAGGACUUGCUUGACCAGUUAGAAGACGAGCCACUAGACUUGCUUGAUCGGCAUAAAACAAGAUCUGCACUUCGAUCGUCUUCAAAUCUCAAGCGGAAGCAAGAUUCCGACGAUGAACCAGAGUUUGACCCUGAGGGACGCUUGAUAAUUAACGAGGGAAGGAAGCCAAAGAAGGUUGCAGCAUCAGACGCGGAUUCAGAUAGAAGAAGUGAAGCGCCAAGUCAUUUCUCGGUUGGCUCUUCAAGAAACAACCAGAAGAGAAGGAAAACAUCAGAGUCUGGAUGGGCAUACACGGGAAGUGAGUAUGCUAGCAAGAAGGCUGGUGGGGAUGUAAAGAGGAAGGAUAAACUUGAACCAUACGCAUAUUGGCCCCUUGAUCGUAAGAUGAUGAGCCGUAGGCCGGAACAUCGGGCAGCUGCUAGGAAAGGCAUGGCAAGUGUGGUGAAAAUGACAAAAAAGCUUGAAGGUAAGAGUACCUCAACUGCACUCUCUUCUAAAUUCAUAAAGUCAAGGAAGAUCCAAAAGAAAGGUGGCAAGCGAAAAAGGUGAAAAAUGAAAAUGGUGUAGGUUCACUUUUUUUGCCUGUUGCAUUAAAACCUACUUACAGGCGAGAAUUUUGAGGGUUUUUUUUUUUAAUUUAAUUUAAUCUUAUGUUAUUGUGUUUGUGUAUAUGAUUGAAAAUGUGGGUCAUUGGUGUUUGUUUUAUAACUUCAUUAUAUUGAAUUCUAAAGCAACUUAAAUCCUUUCAAUA